AUGCUUCCUCGUGGCGCGACGUGGCGCGGCGUGGCGCCGGCCCAGACGCGCAGGCAGACGGCCGCGGUUCGAGGCCGGGCGGCGCCGGCGCGCCCCGGUCACCUGCGGGUCGAUGGGGCCGCUUGUUGCGCGGGCGCUCGCGUGCCGAGCCUGGGGGCGGGCGGCCGGGUGGGGAGGCGCGGCUCAGCCUCGACGCCCGAGCAACGGCAGCGGCAGCCGCGGAGAAAGGGCCGCGUGAGCAGCUGCCGUUUCCAACUGCUUGUGAAUUACAGCGUUCAAAUUCUAACAAUGGGCGAGUCUGGGGCACAAGAGACGCUGUUUACCAGAAUUCAUUCAGCUGAGACUCAACAGAUGUCUUCUCGAUCCUGUGUGUGUGUUUUAAACUCGUGCACGAUGUCUACCUUGACGAAGACUCCCCCACCUCCCCGAAGAGCGACCCCUGCGGCGACGAAGACUCGCUGGCUUCCCUGGCCUCGCUGGGGUCCCUGGGGCUCAACAACAACAACAACCCCUGCACCCCGCCCCCGCCGCGUGCCCCCGCCCCCGCCGCGGGCCCUCGCCCCCAGCGACAGCAAACGCCGCAACGCCAGCCCCAGCCCCAACGCCAAACAGCAGCGCCGGCGGCAGCAGCCUCGUGAGCGCGGGCGGGGCGGCGGCGGCGGCCGGCGGCAGCGAGGGCAAGCAGCAGCCAGCGGCGGCGGCGGCGCGGGGCGGGAGCGGGGACUCGGGCCCGAGAGCGUGUCGUCGGUGGCCGCCGCCACGCCGCCCCCGCCGCCUCCCUGGGCGAGUGACGUGCGGCCCGCCGCCGAGCGCCGCCCGCGCCGACGGCUCCCGGAGAUCCCCAAGAACAAACGACCGGUGGCGACGCGCGCGCUGUCGCUGGCCGACGAGCUGGGAGAGGCGCUGGAGCGCUCCGACUCGCCCCAGCCGCCCGUGCAGUUCGCCAUCGGCGGCCAGACGCGGCCGCUGCUCGUGCUCAAGUGCCACAGCUACCUGCGAGACGAGGACAGCUCCCCGGACUCGGAGCGCUUCCACAGCACCGACGUGGACUCGGGCAACUCCACGGCGCACUCACCCGACGGCCCCAAGUCCUCGUCGCCGCCGCCGCCGCCGCUCUUGGGGCGGUCGCCGUCGCCCACGUCGCCCGCGUCGCCCGCGUCGGCCGCCAGCAGCGGCAGCACGCCCUUCCCGCAGCUGGAGCUGCUGGAGGCCACGCACCGCGGCCUGCACAAGUUCAUCCCGCGCCACAUCGACGAGAUCGAGGUGGAGAUCGGGGACCCCAUCUACCCCAAGGACGUGCCGUGCCACGACUACUUCUACUCGCUGAAGAACGUGUCCUUCUGCGCCUUCCACCCGCGCGACCACCGCUACAUGGGCUUCAUCACCAAGCACCCGCAGCUGCAGCGCUUCGCGUGCCACGUCUUCGUGGGGCAGGAGUCGACGCGGCCGGUCGCCGAGGCCGUCGGAAUCAAGAUCAAGUUGUCUUCAACAUCUCAGCCAGUUCCUUUGCUUCUUACUUCCUGGCUGAUAUUGUUGUUCGAAACCAAAGAGUUUGGGGAAGUUUGUACGUACCAGUAUUACCACAAAUUUCAUAUUGGCCUGGCAAGGGCAGAG